UGACUUUAGGGCACCGGGGAGAGGGAAUGGACAAGGAGGCUCUCAGGCAGCGCCUCGAGCAGGCAAUCCAGGGCGUGGCAGUGGGGCAAGAUUCAUCGCCAGAUCGCCUCCAGACGCUCCAGGAUCUGGUGUCGCAGGGAUCUGGAUCGAGCGCCGGCUGCUCCAAGUGCUCCGCGCGAAUAUUUCCUCGCGCGCGCAUCUGCUUCGUGUGUGGAUCUCAGAUCCCGGGCCGCCAGCAGCAGGAGCACAAGCGGCAGCCAUUCGAAUUCGAGAAAUCGGUUGCUUUCGCGCGAUUCUUGCAAUCUUUGAGCUCGGAUCCCUCGAUCGAACACCCUUCAUCUUUUUCUACACCUGGACAAAGUGCUGAGAUUCUCCGUGAGCCAGUUUUGGAUGGAGAACACGAAUCUUUGGGCUCGUUUGCAAGCUCCAAAAGUGCUAGCAAUGGGCCAGCAGCCGAGGAUCCAGUGAACGAUCUCUUGUCACAAAUGGGCGAUUUGUCAUUCAUGCUAGCCGAUCGUCUCGUAGUUCCGGUUGGAGGUAGCGGAGCGUAGCAAGAGAGAGGAAAAAAAAAACGAUCCUGGCUUUCAUAAUCGCGGUCGCUUCCUCGAGCUACUACUUUCAGCUUGAAGAUGCAUCGAAGUGACUGCGUCCGUGAGCUUUGCCGUUGACAGUGGCGACUCGCAAAGCUUCUCAAAGAACUCAUAUCGGGCAAUCUUCCA